AUGGGAAUCGGUGCGCCUUCUCCCGUUGAUACAGCCUCUACAGUCGUGAAACACAAAAUAAAGUUACCUGUAGCAUCGUUACCAAAUUUUGACGGACGAUAUGAGAAUUGGUUGUCGUUCAAGAAUACCUUCAUCGCAAUGAUAGACACGCGCACGGAUUUGUCGGACGUCGAAAAAUUGCAAUAUUUACAAUCAGUAUUAACCGGUGAAGCAGCUAACAAAAUUAAAAUAUUGACGAUCGAGAGCGCGAACUAUUCCAAAGCUUGGGAACUAUUAAAACAUGCGUAUGAGAAAAGAAAACUACUGAGGGCUUAUCCAAGCUCGCCGACGACGCACAACAACAUGUCCGGUUCCUUGGCCGCGAUGGGAGUUAGCGUAGGAUCGGAGAUACUCGUUAAUAUACUCGAAAGCAAAUUACCGAAGAAUACGGCCGAUAAGUGGGAGGAAACUCUUGGACGCGACGAGUUUCCGAAAAUCGACGAGCUUUAUGAAUUUUUACAUCGGACCGCGGUUCGCGUGUCUGAGCGUGUUCGCUCAGAAGCUUCUAGAUUCGACGAUAAGUUCAUCCUCAGUUAA